AUGGACACCCUACUCACCGCUGAGAUAUACGCAAACUCACCCCGCUUCCGGCGGCGGUCGAGUACAGCCGUCGAUGCAAUCCACGACCUGCCUGCUAGGGAAGAAAUGGCGCCUGCCCAACUCUAUAGCACAGAGUCGGGCCGCCUCUUCCAUUCGGGCAGGAUAGUCAUCGCCACCUGCGGACUCCCGGCUCGAGGAAAGACGCACACCUCUGUUGCCCUGGCCCGCUACCUGCGCUGGCUCGGAGUCAAGACUCACGUGUUUCAUCUUGGCGACUACCGUCGCGCUACGCUAAGUCCGGGCAUGGACGUACCUGAAGACUACUUCUUCCUCAACGCAGCACCACAGUCCGUCUUGCUUCGCAACAAGAUUUUGAAAAAAUGUCGCGACGAUAUCUAUCAUUUUCUGGAGAACGACAAAGGUCAGGUAGCCAUUUACGAUGCGGUCAACGCCAUCAGCCAGGGCCGUCGGUCGUUAGCCAAGGAGUUCGCAAAGAAUGGGAUUCAAACAAUCUUCAUCGAAUCACACUGCACAGACGAACGCAUCAUCCAGGAAAACGUUCGUCGUGUUAAGAUUUCCUCACCAGAUUACAAGGGUUGGAAGGACGAGGACGCAGUUCAAGACUAUCUGGCACGUAUUAAUGCACGGAUACCUCAUUUCGAGACUAUGGAGGAGACCGACCUACAUUGGAUCAAAAUGAUCAAUGCUGGCGAGCGGGUUGUUGUAAACAACUGCGCAUUUGGAUACCUCUCACAGCGUAUUGUCUUUUACCUGCUCAAUCUGCACAUCAAGUCACGGCAAACAUACUUUGCACGUGCCGGAACAACGCGAGAGGAGGAUUCAUACAAAGCCGAUGCCAAUCUCUCACCAGAGGGUCACGAGUACGCAAGAAAGAUGAGCGAAGUGUUGUUGAAGUACCGUGAGGAAGAAAAGCAGAAAUUAAUCGAGUCUGGAGCGACAGAUGCGUCUCUAAAACCACUGACCAUCUGGACUUCGACACGUCGAAGGACUGUCCAGACUUCAGAGGUUCUAGCUUCCAUGGGAUACCGGGUAAGGCAACGAUCUCAAAUGAGCCAGAUGAACCCCGGUGUGUGUGAGAAGAUGUCCGAAGCCAAGAUUCGAGAAGAGUUCCCCGAGGAAGUCAAAAAGCACGAGGUAGAUCCAUACCAUCACCGAUACCCCCGCGCAGAGUCUUAUCACGACCUUGCCGUACGCAUGGAGCCCAUCAUUCUCGAGCUCGAGCGCGAAGAAAACGAUCUUCUGAUCAUCGCCCACGAAUCCGUGCUUCGUGUGCUUUAUGGAUACCUUAUGGCAUGCAAUGCAGCAGACAUUCCCAAACUCGAGUUUCCCCGUGAUGAGAUUAUCGAGAUCAUACCCUCGUCCUACAACAACGUCGCAAAGCGCAUCAAGAUCCCCGACCUCCCCGAGUCAAUGGUCCCCGGUAGUCCCGAAGAUAUUCAAAUUCCCGUCCCACCAAGUGGCACCGUAAGUCCACUGUCUGGACUGGGAACUCCUCCUUCCAACGGUUCUGGCACUGCAACACCUUCGCAGCCGCAAUAG